AUGACGGUGGACGCGGCGCCGAAUGCGUUUGCGCUGCGCGGCAUAGCAUCGAGCGCGGUAUCGGUUCCUGCACUGCUUGCACAAUGCAUAUGGCUUGGAGAGGUGCAUACACCGCUUGCCUCUAUUCCUCCAUUGCUCGACCGCGUCGCAAGGGGCGCCCAAGCAUUGCUCGCGCUGCUGUAUAUCCCCUCUGUACUCCGCACACGCUUUCAGCACGAGCUUAGAGACGCGGUUCGUGCACUGCAUGAUACCCCCAGCGCUGCGCUGGACACAAUACCUCCUCACGAAGCGGACGCCAUGCGCGCGGCUGUUGCGUACGGCCCCUUUGCCCAUGCCGCCAACGCGCGAGGCAUCGACGCAGCGCUUCCGCCCUUCUUGCACGCGAUCCAAAUACGAAGCAGCAUCCAAGUCGAGCUCAUUGUGGUGUGCUAUCUCUUACGCGAGGCACGCAACGAAACCAUACUCGGGCCGACCUCGCCGCACAAAUCCAAGCGAAAGAGCGCGAAAGCGCAGCGCUGGCUUGGCCCUGCACUGGCCACGCCGCUUGUGUUUCCAUGGGCCGCGCAGGUACCACCUCCGCUGCCUGCGAGCCCGCCACGCACGCCCACGUUAGCGCCAGCGUCGCUGCACGCACUCUACGAAACGCUCGCCGACCAGCUGUGCCUGCUGCAGAUCACGAGCGAGGCGUAUGGGCCGCCGCUGUACGGAUCCGCUGCACGCGUGAUGGCACGCGACGAUGCACGCGACGAUGCGCGCGACGAGGCGCAGUGGGUCUGCGCCGAAAUCAUCGAGCCGUUCUACAAAUCCCGUCUCCCGAACGAGUGUGCACAGCUGCGUGCAAAAUGCUUCGGGCCGGGACAGCAGCCCACACCCCAGCGGCGGCAGAAACGCGCAACAUCGGCACGUAAGCCGGACGUGCAGCGCGCCCAGCGAUCUUGCACUGACACUGCCACGACCAUUCGCGCGGACAAGAAACAACGCGAAGUGCAUAUGCACCGCGCGCUGCGGCGCACGACAAGUAUGUGCAGUGCACCGCUGCGCGCGCGCGCGCCGCUUGCUGCACGCAGCCGGCCCGCACAGCGCAGCGAGGCAGAGACGCUUGUGUGUGCUACGCCAGAGCAGAAGCGGCACACGUCGGUGCCGCCCGGCGUGUUCGGCACGCCCUCGCUCUCGCCAGAAGGCUCGCCCUCGCAGCAGCGCGGUGCGCCGCCCAUGCUGGAGAUCUCCAGCGAUGAAGAGCUGGUGAUUCCCAGAGAAAAAGCGGCCGAUUUGCGGCGUGGACUGCCGUUUCUGAUGGGCAGGUAA